AUGUCAGAACAAGACAUUCAUCCAAAUAAAUUUAGCGAACUAAGAAGUAUCUAUGAAUGCUAUAUCGAUUCAUAUAUUGCGUUGUAUCGGCUAAAAACAGAAAAAGAAGAAGGAUUAAACUCAAUUUACAAACUGAUCAAAACAGAAUUGAUUGAUUCAAAAAAAUAUCCUCCCAAAAUGAUUAUGCGAGACAUUUUAAAUAUCAUUCCGUAUAAUAAUCGCUAUACAAAGUCAUAUUUAUUUCUUGCCAAACUCAUAUCUGAUGAUUAUCAUGUCCAAGAGGUCAUAAAUAUUAAAUGUAUUUCCAACUUCUUGUUCUAUAAAGAAUAUGAAAUUAAAUUAGACAAAUCCGAUGAUUUCGAAAAAUUGAAAUUUGAAAAUCUCGAUCUUCAUACAGAUGAUACAAUUUACAGAACAAUUAUGUAUGAUGACUUAGAAACAUUCAUCGCAUUCACCGAAAGAGAUGGAUUUGAUAAAGAUCAAACACUUGACAGCAUUCUAUAUCCAGAUUCUUUCGAAGUAUAUUCAUUACUUGAAUUAUGCUGCUACCAUGGAGCUGUUGAUUGUUUCAAGUUAUUAAUAUCGAAAUUUAAGUCAGAAAUAACUGAAAAAUGUCUACAACUUUCAUUUUUAGGAGGAAAUCAAGAGAUCAUGAGUGAAUGUUUGAAAUAUCAAAAACCAGAUGGAGCAUGCAUGGAAUAUGCAAUUAUUUCACAUAACAUUGAUUUUGUUACAUUCUUGAUGAAUGAGUAUAAUCUAAAGAUUGAUUUAGAUGUUUGUGUGUUGUAUCGUAAUCUUGAAUCAUUUUUAGUUUAUUUCGAUCAAACUAAUGAUGUUAACAAAUGCUUUAAUAUUUCUGCAAAGUUUAAUAUUCCAUCUCUUUGCGAAUAUUUCCUAUCAAAUAGCGCAAAUAUCAAUGCAAAAGAUAAAUAUGAAGAAACCGCUCUUCAUAAAGCAGCAUAUUAUAAUAAUGAAGAAACAGCCGAACUUCUUAUUUCACAUGGUAUAAAUAUCAAUGAAAAAAAUAAAUAUGGAGAAACCGCUCUUCAUUUGGCAGCAGAACAAAAUAGUAAAGAAACAACCGAAAUUCUUAUUUCACAUGGUGUAAAAAUCAACGAAAAAGAUAAUUAUGGAAAAACCACUCUUCAUUAUGCAGCAUGGUAUAAUAGUAAAGAAACAGCCGAACUUCUUAUUUCACAUGGUAUAAAUAUCAACGAAAAAGAUAAUUAUGGAAAAACCGCUCUUCAUUAUGCAGCAUGGUAUAAUAGUAAAGAAACAGCCGAACUUCUUAUUUCACAUGGUAUAAAUAUCAACGAAAAAGAUUAUGACGGAGAAACAGCUAUUCAUAUUGCAGCAAAAUAUAGUAGUAAAGAAACAGCCGAACUUCUUAUUUCACAUGGUGCAAAACAUAAUAUUCCUAUAAGAUACUAUUCUUUAUUUUUCUGA